CCAGCAGAAGAUCAUAAUUAAAGUGUGAGGGAGACUCAAACAGCUUCAGUAUUUCAGUAGUUGUGAUCAAUCCACUGGUUCUAAACUUGAGAUUGUUGAUAAUUUCUUUGUGAUUGAUGAAGUGGAGGUUAUGGAGGAGGUCUUGUUUUCUUCAGGCUGCUGUCAGCUCUCUCUGAGGAACAUCCUGUGUGUGCACGAGCAGCCAGUGUGUGAGGAGCAGGCCUGGGCGCUCUGCUAUCAGCUCUGCUCACUGCUCCACAGGAAACUUCAACUCAAUGAUGGACAGAGUUACAGCUCGUGGAAGAGCUUCAGGCUCCCAGGACCUGAGGGGAUUUUUCUCUCUCCGGAUGGCAACAUUUCUUUGAGAAUGGAGCACAGCAAAGCGGAACACCAGUUUGUAAUCGAGACUGAGGCUCAGACGUUGGACUACAUUGGACGUCUGAUGUAUUCGUGCCUGGACUGGGGCCUCGGUGCAGACGUAGAGCGAGAGCUAGAUGAGACCCUGGAGCUGCUGGUGGAUCAGAUGACCAAGGUGGACAUCAGACUGGGUUCUGAACGCUGUCUCCAGCCCAUAUGCACCGUCUCCGAGGUCCUGCAGGUUUGUGAAGAGCGUCUCUAUAACUCGAGUCAGGCCGCUCAGCAUUACAGGAGUGUGUGCGCUACGCUUUACUCGCACACCAUCGAGCUGUGCAACUAUCUGCAGAUCAUCCAGCAAACCCAGGAGAGUCUGCAGAAUCUGAUCAUGGAAUCGGAGAACAGUCUGGUGCCGGAUCUGACGACUAACUGGGGGUUCACCUGGAAGCACCUGAUGGAUGAGUUGAGCAGAGGAGUCGUCCUUCAUCCUCCCAGAAACAAACUGAACCCCGGUGUGUCUCUGCCGGUCGACUCGUCUCCUUUCAGCCAACUCCUGCAAGACAUCCAGCUCCGACGCUACACACUGCGCAAAGUCAAGGUGUUGAACGCUGGUGGAGAUCGAGGAGCUGAUCCUCAUCAAGCGCUGCUGGACGUCAUUCGCUCGGGUCCGAAACUGCGUCCGGUCUCGGAGAGAAAAAUUAACCCGAGAAUCCAGAACCUGAAACACGAGGUCAGUCUGCAUGAACUGCUGAUGCAGGAAAUCAGAUCCACUGACCCGCUGAAGCUCCUGUCCUCCUGUCAAAGCAGACUCCUGAGAAAAGAUAAGGUAAUCGGAUCUUCAUCUCUUGUGGUGGAAGACAGAACGUCUCCAGUGAAAGCCCUGAAGUGCCUCGAAGACUCUUCCUCCUUUCUGAAUGAAGUACAAAGCUCGGGCCAGCAGGGGGCGCAGUGCAGAGACAUGUGUAAAAGCAGUUCUCCACCACAGGAACACAGUUACACCGCCGAUUCAUCCAUGAAGAAUCUGAGCUUUUCUCCGGCUAUCUCCUCCACACCACUGAGCUUGUUGGGAGAGUGCAGGAUUCCCCGAGCGAAACGGCGUGCAUGCUCCUUACCCAGCAAUCUGGAGGUCCGAGAGCUAGCAAUGAAGAGCAAAGUUUCUGUUCCCAAUACAAUCGAUGAUGUUGUCAAAAAACACUACAGGACCGAGGGGACGUCAUCAGAUGAUGCACACGAGAACUGGAGGGUUUGUUCAUGCUGUGCGAAGAGAAGUUUAUAUUUCACCUGGCACAACUUCUGUUCCCUGUGCAAUCGGGUUGUGUGUCCAGAGUGUUGCUUCGAGCUGCGUCUACCUUUCAAAUGGUGCAUCAACCUGCCUGUAAGCUUCUUCAAGAUGAUCAUUUUGAAAAAAGAAUCCGAGGAAAGUCAGAGAAAUUUCUGGAACGAGCGCUGGUCGUGGGAUCCAUCCAGGGUUCCUCUGGUCCUGACGUCACCUCGUGUCUCUGGUUCUCAUGCUCCUCACGCUUUGGCUAUGAGAGACUGGCAUUUCCAGGACAUGUGUGUCAGAUGUCAGGAGCUCCUUCUGGAGGCCUGCAGCUCUCUGGCGCCACCUUUCACCAUUAAAGCUCCUCGAGAAAUAUAAACUCGGACACUCUUUCUUGCGUCCACCUUCUGUUCGAGCUUUUUAUUCGUUUCUGAUCGAACAAAGUUACGAACGCGGGACGCUGUGUCACAUUCGUCGGCUGUUGUGCGUUUGUGGGUGAUUUAUUUAUUUAUUUAUUUUCCUCUUUUCCACAUCCCAUGUUUUAAUUAAGGUGCUUUUAAGCCCCCUUCAGCACUGUUCCUUCUGACACCAGUCACUGUAGAGGUGUGUGUCUUGUUGCGUUGGCUUGUUUGUUUGUUUAUUUGUUUAUUUGUUUAUUUAUUUCGGGCUGCUAGAGCACAACGGCAUUCGGUAUCAAGUGUCCUCGUUGUUUAGAAUAUUAGCUUUUUUAUUAUUUUAAAUCUCAGAAUGGAAAUAAAUACUUGAUUUUUUUCGUA